UUCGGUUGGGUUUUUUCACUUGGUAUGCUUUCACAAUUCCCAGAGCAAUCGUCCAUAAAUUACGAAUAUUAGAAAGCACGAUCUCUUCCAGAGUUACACAGUUUAUGUCAGUAUCAGCGUGUGUGAUAAAAAAAUUGACACAAAGUUUAAAGGCGUGUUAUUUCUGGAAUUUCUACUCGAACUUGUUGAUGUUUUGCCGUUUCUUGCGUUAUUUAUUUGAGCUGUGCUGUGCCCAUGAUUUAUACGCGUACGAAGGUCAAUGACCAUGCAUCUUCAAAUCUUGUUUGACACAAUGUUUGAGUGUUGACAUCUUCUACAAGCUGGUUGAAAUUAGUAAACUUCAAAAGACUUCAAGUUCUAAGCAAAUGGUGACAUGGACACACUCUUCACUAACACAGACUAGUAGUACAGUAGUGUAGUAGUAACAUGUGAUGAUGAUUAAGAUUUCAACAAAUGUAGGUACAACUUUCAAAGCUGCAAAGGAGAGAAAAUGAGAUGCAACAUUUUGGAGAACCACAACAAAGUCACUCAGGAGAAACAGAGAAUCGAAAUGUCUGAUUUAAGCACAAGUCUACUAUGCUCAGCAUGUGAUGAACAAGAUGGUACCCACGUCAUUCAUGAAUGUGAGAGAUUUAUACGACCCCAGGACAAGGAAGCAGAAGCAUCAAAAGAUGAUACAUGUGACGCUGGAAAGCAUCCUCAAAGUAAUUCAAAUAACUACACGGUGCAUUGUGGUUUCGGUGCCACAAAUCAAAUUGUGAAAAAACAUCUCCAAAGUAAAACACUUUCCAACUCUGGUGUUAAGAACAAUCCCGAUGAUAUGAGGAUACUUAAUGAAUCCUUCCAUGACGAAAUGGCUGCAGACAUGGCAGAGUCUGGAUAUGGCUCACUACUUACAAUGUCAUCAUUGGGUCUACAAUCACCUCCAAUCAAAAUAAAUACAGAAUCAGAUAGUAUGAAGAGUACAUGUCAUGCAAGUAGACAUAAUACAUCAUGCCACAAUGGAUUUCAAGACUUUGAUGACUGUAGUAACCACAGUGAAAGCCAACACCCAGCAGGGCAAGAACAACUGGAUAUUGUAUCUGGUUUGAAAAGCCAUGAACCUGCUCUCAUGGACAAGAUCUUUUCUAACUUAACAGCCGAAGAUCUAGUUAGAUUUAGUGGAGUGAAUCAAGAAUGGAGAGCAAUUUGUGAAGGAAACAAAGAAACCGCUUCUAAGAAAAGGGAACUCCUUCAGCAAAAAAAACAAGCAAGAGAAAACUACAAGGAAAACAAUCCAAAGCAAAGCUGUCCAAGACAGACAGUUAGUUCAUCAACUCCACUUGGUAAAGUCCAAAAACUUGGAAAACCACAAGCAUCAAGCACACCGACCACAAGAAGCAGUAGUAGCAAGUAUGGCAUAUUUGUAAAGAAAGCAGAAUCUCUUUUAGCUGAUGAGUCUUUCAUCAAGUGCGCAAAAGGCUCAUGCUUAUCACCAGCUAAACUCACACUACACAACAAAUCAGCAGAGUGUGUACAAUGUGGCUAUGUGUUCUGUACAAACUGCAGAGGGAAAGACCACAGAGGGUCACCAUGUGAGGCACUUAGAUGUAAAAACACCGCCAUGAAACCAAAUGGGAUCAGCAGUGGCAAGAGUAAGAAGAGUCUUCGUAGAUUGUCUCGAUUAGAUAACGCAUCAUGAUGAAUGUAAACAUGUUCCGUUCCAACUUUAGAGUUGUCCCAACUGUAGUUGGGACCAGUCCCGACUCCAGUGUUACAGUUUGAAUGGGCCAACUGUAGUUGGGAUCAAGAUAUCUGUGUUCCUUGGGGAACUAGCAAUCACAACUACAACACUAAACUAAUGGUGGUUCUACUGUGUACAUGAAGGAGAAACAGUUAAUUUUUUCUAAGGUUUUGGCAUGCAGGGUUGACAUAAAAAAAAGUUUGUAUUUAGAUUAGAGCCUCCAAUUUCUCAUCCAUAUUAGAAUACUGUGUAUCUAUAGGGUCAUUCUAUGUCAAAUCAACCAGUGGUCCCAAGGUGACCCCCUCAGAUUUUGAUGAAACAUCAUCAGAA